AUGUCAUUUAGGAAAAGAAGUGAAGUCCUUGGUAAUCCUAACGUUCCAAGAAUCCAGACACGGGCUCCGCUUCCCGAGAGAGGCAUGCCUCCACAAAGAAAUCCUUUGCGCAAUGACAUCCGCAAUGUAACAAGUCGAAUUGGUGGCUUGUCAAUGCGAGAUGAACCCGAACCAGCCUUAGCAACUCCCAAAAGUUCUCAAAUCGAUGCAUCACACCCAGGGAUACGACCAUCUCCAGCGACAUCACAACCAACUGCAGCUACGGGUUGUCACGAUCUGGAUAAGCUCUUGAGCCAUAUGGGACUUCCUUUGGGUCAACUGCUCCUUGUGCAAGAACAAAGUGCUACGGAUUUUAGCUCUGUCAUCGUCAAAACCUUCGCAGCGCAAGGAAUUGUACAUAACAGAAUAGAGGGUUCUAAUGCGUUUACCAAGGGCAACACGCACCUUGUGGUAUUAACAUUGAACCAGUCUUUCGCUAAAGAAUUGCCGGGCGUUUAUCAGGGUUCAAGAAAGGACGUUAAACGGACCAAAGUCUCUACAGCUGAAUCAGAAGUUACAGUACAAAACACGCUAGAGUCAGUCGCGUUGAAGCAAUCGGUUGCCCCGAAAGAUUUGAAAAUCGCCUGGAGAUACGGUUUGAAAGACGGCUCUAAAAGUAAAGGCAACCAAAAACAAAAUUCAGAUCUUGAUACUUUCCCUAACUACUCGCAUACCUUUGAUAUUACGUCGCGCUUGGUACCUGCGCCCACGUCAGCUGAAUUAACUCUGAUAUCUCCAGUCCAAACUUUGUCCAUGGUCUUAGCGCAAUUGAAAGCAGUAUUCAAAAAACACGAAAGGAAAGUCAUUCGUGUUGUGAUACCAAACUUAUUACAUCCGGCCAUGUAUCCUCCAAAAUACUCCCAGUUAUCGGAAUUGUUACCUCUGCUGCACGGGAUAAGAUCAAUAAUCAAGGAAAACGGCGACCGCGCUGUGCUAUUGAGCACCCUGUCUUCAGAUCUCUACUCCAACAGUGGAUGCCAGGUGCUUCCAAUGGUCGAGAAUAUGUUCGACUCUGUAAUAAGCCUAGAGCCGUUUCCCCAAGAAAUGUCACAAUUUCUGGAACGUGUCUACAAAUCACAACCCAAUAAGAUUCAACACGGACUGGUACAUGUUUUUAAGCUUCCACUGCUUAGUGACAGGGGUGAAAUGCAUGUCAUGAGAUCUGAAUACGCCUUUAGAAACGGUAAAAAGAAGUUCGAGAUUGAGCCUUGGGGUAUUCCAGUUGAUGACUCAGAGACAUCUGAGUCUAAUAGCACUGCCGAUCCGCCCUCUGGGCAACAAGGACAGACGAGCGUAUCUAUAGACUUCUAA